ACUCCCCAGCUGGUAGUUCCCUCUGUCUGGAAUGAAGGAUAAAAGUCAGAAAACAACCAAAGAUCCUUAGAAAAAUGAGAUUGCCUAGAAGUGGGAUGGAAACAGAGGGAAAGGUGGAGUCAGACUACCCAAGACAAGGCUCUCCCUACUGGAGUUUUGAAGGAAAGGGAACUAGGUGAACCAGUUGCCAGGACAACCUGCUGUUGGGGCAAGGGCAGUCGGGGCAAGGAUAUGGGAGACCUGUGGCUGCUCCUGCUCCUGCCCCUGUCCCUGGCAGCCUUCCAUGGGGUCAAAGGCUGUUUGGAAUGUGACCCCAAAUUCAUCGAGGAAGUUAAAUCCUUACUUGGAAAGUUGGUACCCCCAGAAGUCCCUGGCCGAACUCAUAUGCUUGAACGGCAGAUGGAGGAGAUGAUCCGUUUAAGCUUCAAGGUCUCCCACAGGGACAAGAUGCUUCGGGUGUUGGCUGUUCAAAAGGUUGUCGAUUUGAGAACAUGGCUGAAGAUCGAACUUGAUAAACUGAGCAAGGAAACAUGGAAAGGUGUUUUUAUCCUUCAAGGCAGGCUUCUCGAUAUCCGCAAAAACCUGGACUCCAGACUGGAAAAACUAUUAAAGAAAUUCUCUGAAGUUGCUUGUUCUGAAGAUUGUGUUGUGACUGAAGGUCCUAUCCUGGAUUGUUGGACAUGUCUUCGCAUCACGUCUCGAUGUUUCAAGGGAGAAUAUUGUGAAGAGGACGAUCCAAAGAAGGCUGAGAAUCGAGAAAUUGGACUAUUUCUGAUACUAUUAGCAGAAGGUGUAAUACUGGGAGGUGUUUUGCUACUAUUCCAUUUUUGCAUCUCUCAUCGGAGGAAAAUGAAGGCAAUACGAAGGUCAUUAAAGAAAUACUUGGAGAAGAAACUUGAAGAAUUAAUGGGGGUAAAGGAUGAGAAGGAGAAAGAUCUCAGAGGCAGAGAAUAAAUACAUAGACACAGGCAGGAGGUCUUUCGUAAUUUUCUUAUGUGUUGACUCUGAGUAGAAAAUCAGGAAUUAAGCUCUUUUGCAGUCAUAAAGUCAAAGUAUUCUAAAACUGAAUUUAGUUUCUCUGGUAAAGAUCCUUUCCGAUAUCCUGAGGGCAACGGAAGCAAACAUUUUAUUGGAAAUUGGACAGAAAGCAAUGCUAGUAUGUAGCAACACACAUGAAAGAUAGUACACUACAUAAUAACAAAGAGAGAAUGGUAAUCUAAGAUUCCACAGAAAAGGUAAUAAAGACGAGUUUUAUUUCUCAUUCUAUCAGUCUAAGCAUCCAAACAAUGGACUUAAUGUGUGUAACUAUUACCAACAAAAUUUUAAGUAUGGUUUUGGUUCUUUUGUUUUAAAAAAAAGCAAAAUAAAAGACGUGGAAUCAAUUUUCUGAUAGUGUAGACUCCAUUUAGGAUAAUGAUGAAAUAGAUGAAAAACUUAUGCUUGCAGAACAGAACUUGUCACUUUUCUAAACUUGUUUUUUUCUAUGAUGUCAACCCACGUUCAAUUUAUUAUAAAUAAAGUUCUUUGUAAUCACAUUUU